AGUUUUAAAAAAUAAUAUAGGCUAAUGUAUACUGUCUGCACAAGAAGCUGCAGAAUUUUCAGUUUAGUUUUUAUAAAUUGCAGUGACAAGUAUCAAAGACAAUUUCUUAAGGUUGCUUAUAAUGAAUUACAAGAAUUUAAAAGGUUAACAUGCCAGUCAUCACAAGUAAAUAGUACUCUUACACAUUUUUUGGUACAUUUGUAAUUACAAGACUUAAAAAUUUGAUUUUAAAAAUGCACAAUUUAUUAAAAAAAAAAAAAAUUGCCUUGACAGAGUGGAAGGUGCAAAUCUUUGAACUAGACAGGGAAAGUCACUAUUUACAUGGAGAUUACCUCGACUUAAAUUACUGAAUGAAUACAUUUACUGUUGCUUAAUGGGAAGUGGGAGGGAAAAAUGCUUUUACAAGGUAGUUCUAGGUUGUGAAUGAAUUGAAGGGUGUUGCUGAACAAGACGUCAGGAGUUCCCAUAAAUCUCACAGAAGAGAAUGACAGAGUAAAUAUUGUGGACAAGUUCUCUGUAUAUUCAGCAAUUUGCGUGCUGACUCUCUGGCGCUGCUUUUUGCAGAGCCAGUGAAAGCUGCAACAUGACCUCAUCUAACUUUUUAUUAUCAACUAUCUGGACACUCGGCAACAAAGACUUUUUCUCCCAGGUUGUCUCACGUUUGACUCUUGUUUAAGCAGAAAUUGGUUAAUAUUAACUACAGUUAUCACCUCAUAAAGUUGAAUAGUGCAGCUUUGUUGCUAUGAAGAUAAAUUUCUCGCCACCACACCCUGUUUGUCUGUGUCUGCACCGAGCCAGUUAGCACCUGCUAGGGCAGGGCAUUACAAUCCCUUUUAUAUGAGGGUUUACACUCCUUCAGUGCUCUGAGAACAAGGGCACUGCAUGGGACAGAGCAGAUUACACAUUUUGAUCAAAAAAAUCAUGGCAAAGCAUUGGCACAUGGUUUAUCUGUGGAGUGUGUUGCACUUCCAGACCCUUAAUGUUACAGCUUUCAAUCUGGACACCCAGAAUGUGCUGCAGAGAAAUGGAGAUCCAGGAAGCUUGUUUGGAUUUUCUGUUGCCUUCCACCAGCAGCUGAACCCUAUCAGAAAGAACCUAUUGCUAGUAGGAGCUCCACGAUCAAAACAUCAGAACCAAGUGAAUGUUACAGGUGUUGUUUACCAGUGUGAUCUUGCCACAACAUCCGAGCGCUGUCAGCCCAUUGAGUUUGAUAAUGAAGAGUUCCUUGAUAGUAAAGGCAUAAACAACCAGUGGAUGGGAGUUAGAGUGACGAGCCAAGGUCCUGGUAAAAAUGUAAUGACUUGUGCUCAUCGAUACCAGCAGUGGAGCCCGAGUCCAAGCCUUUAUGUCCCUCGCCUGGUGACGGGUCAGUGUUACCUCUUAGGAGAUGAUCUGCAGGUCGGGAAGGAAGAGAGGACGUGGAGGAGGGUAGUUUGUGAUUCUGAACACCUAACCAGACGUCAAAACAACCAGGAGUGGUUUGCAUACUGCCAACAGGGUCAUGGAGCAUCUUUUGCAAAGGACAACAAAUCUCUGUUAUUAGGAGCGCCAGGAGCAUACCAGUGGAAAGGAAUCGUACGAAUGGAGCUCUUGGACAACCUGGACAUCUACAGUGAAGAGCCUUCUCGUGAGACUGGGGAUAUUGACCAGUUUAACUCGAAACUCAUUCCUCUCCAGAGAAACAGCUACCUGGGAUUCUCCAUUGACUCUGGUAUGGCCCUCAUCAGGAAGGGUGAACUGACCAUCGUAUCAGGAGCUCCCAGAGGAGGUUACAGUGGCCAGGUGACAUUUCUUAAGGCAGACCCUGUGGCACAGAGAGGUUUGUCUGUGGUGUUAGUUCUCUCUGGUCCAGGCCUGGCCUCCUCCUUUGGCUACGAUGUGGCAGUGGUGGAUCUCAAUGGUGAUGGGUGGGAGGACCUUGCAGUAGGAGCACCAGAGUUCUUUGUUAAAGAUGGUUUGGUUGGAGGAGCAGCCUACAUCUAUAUCAAUAACAAAGGAAAAAACUGGGAGAAGAUUGUUCCAACACAACUUCUUGGACAGAAAGACUCCAUGUUCGGCCUCGCAGUGGAAAACAUAGGAGACGUCAAUCAAGAUGGUUAUGGAGAUAUUGCUGUGGGGGCACCAUAUGAUGGUUCUGGUCGAGUAUACCUUUACUAUGGCUCAUCAGAUGGCAUCAACAAAAAUGCAGCGCAGAUACUCUCAUCGGGAUCCAAAACAGUUACUCUGUUUGGAUAUUCUCUCUCUGGCGACUUGGAUGUAGAUAACAAUCAGUACCCUGAUUUAGCCGUGGGAUCUCUUUCUGAUUCUGUCUUUGUUUACAGAGCAAGGCCAGUGGUCAGUGUCAGCAGCUCUCUAAAGGUAACACCAAAUGAAAUAGACAUCACAAAGGAACAAUGUGAUAAACGCACAUGUUAUUUUGCAGUUCAGGCAUGCUUUACCUACACAGCACAUCCAGCAUCGUUCAACCCUAAAAUUAUGCUCAAUUACACUUUUGAGGCUGAUGCUGAGAGGAGAAAAGCAAGGUUUCCUCCCAGAGUGGAUUUUCUGGGUUUGUCUCAAGGAAAACUGGAGCUGCCUGGACAGAAGAGAGAAAUCUGUACUGACACGAAACUUCGACUUCUGCAUGGUAUCAAGGACAGGCUGCACAGCAUUCCUGUCUCUGUCACUGUGUCUCUGUGGAGCUCCAGUCAGACAACCAGGACUAGUGCAGAUCUGCCCAACAUUACUCCUGUCCUCAACCUCUUCCAGAAAAAGAGCACUGUCUCAGAGAUUAUCUUAGUAAACAAGGGCUGUGGCAGGGACAACAUUUGCCAAAGUAACCUAGAGUUACAGUACAAGUUCUGUUCCAGAAAAACACAAAAUAAUCUAGAUGUUUUCAAAUCAUUGGCCAGAGAGGAUGGUGCUGCAGUCAUCACUCCUUCUGUUGAAGACAUAGCUUUGGAGAUCACUGUGACUAACAGGGACGGGGAUGAUGCACACCAGAGUCACUCAGUCAUCGUGCUCCCAGAUACUCUUCAUUACUCGUCUAUUGUCUACAAUACAGCAUCAGAAACACAAGUGAGUUGUACAGCCAAUGACAAAGGAACACUAAUAGACUGUGAACUGGGAAAUCCACUCCAAAGAGAUGCAGAAGUAACGUUUUAUGUCAUACUUACAACAUCCGGCAUCUCACUGAGUACAACGGACGUCAACGUCACUCUGCAACUUAAAACGACAAGUGUGCAGACCAUACAACCAGUUGAGGCAUUAGCCAAAGUGGUUUUUGAGCUGGAGCUGCAAGUUUAUGGACUAGCCAGGCCUUCUCAAGUGUCACUUGGUGAAAGCUUGAGGGGUGAGAGCACCACAAAAACAGUGGAUGAAAUUGGAACUCCGGUUCAGUAUGAAUUUAGGAUAACAAAUUUGGGCAGACCACUGAAUUCUUUCACUAAUGCAUCACUAAAUAUCUACUGGCCGAAGGAGAACUCUGUAGGAAAAUGGCUUCUGUAUUUGACUCAGAUCAGCAGUAAAGGCGUACAGUCUGUCCCCUGCUCACCUGUAAACGAGGUCAAUCCACUUAAACAUGUAAAGGGUUGGCAUGACUCCUCAAGGAAAAGACGUGAAGCCAAACUUGAAGCCCUUUCUACUGAUGGAUUCCCAUUUCUUCCAAAAAUAAGGAAAUACAAAACUUUGACCUGCUCAGAUGAACUGAAGUGUGUGGAGAUACGCUGCCCCCUUCUGGGUUUGGACAGUACUGCAGUGAUGGUUCUGCAUUCACACCUCUGGAACACCACCUUUACGGAGGAUUACAGCUCUUUGAACUACCUGGACAUUGUUGUUGAUGCUACUCUCAGUUUAACAAACUCUCCAGAGAAUAUUGGACUGAAACCAGAGAAGCCUGGGACAAAGGUAAAAUUGACAGUGUUCCUUGAGAGAAAGGCUAUAUAUUUCACCAAAGUUGCCUGGUGGAUAAUAUUCCUGACAGUCAUUGCAUUGCUCCUGAUGUUGGCAGUUCUUGCCUUCUUGUUGUGGAAGCGUGGAUGCAUCAGCUGUCUUGCUCAGAACAAGAAGCCCUCGCAUGGAGAUCCAGAGACAGACUGCUCACCUUACAAGCUAAAAGGAAAACACAGCGUCCCUGUGCCUCAGUGGUAUGAGACACACAAGCCUAUGAACACAAGAUUUUAAGGGUUCGAUUCUGGCUCAAAUACUUUCUACUGCUAGUGCAGAAUUACAUAAUACAUGAUUUGUUGGGACAUCUUUGAUGCAGAACCUUUUGUUUUUACUGUAGUGUAUUUUAAUUCAAUUGUACUGUAAGUAAAGGUACAACUGAAAUGUAGACACUUAGUUUAGUUGCAUGUUUUUUGCUGCUUUUGUAAAAAAAAAAAAAAAAAAAAGCAACAUACUUUUGACUUUUUUUUUAAUGAAGCAGAAAAUAUCACUUGUUUAAUACCAAAAAACUGUUACAACAUGAAAAAAGUUGUGCUAUACUUUCACCAUAAAGGAAUGUGCGAGUAGUGGGACUGGAUGGGAGGUUGCACUAAAGAACAAUUUACCUGAAAUUCUAUGGAAAUAUUGUAGCCACCACAUCCUAAUCUGACUGCUGAUCAUCGAAAGCACAUAUGAUUACAAUACUGUUGCUUUAGAAAUACUGUGAAAAUGUUUUUUCAUUUGUAGUUGUGCAACAUAAUACUGUUUGUGGUGAAGUCUUGUAUAUGGCCCCUACUGACUUUGAAAGGUUUCAUUCCAAAAUUAAAUUUGACAUAAAAACUCCAACAAUUAGAUUGCUGGCAUGAAUCACUCACCAAUAUUAACACCAAACUUUAUACCUUCCUUUUACCUACUCUUUAUAAAGGAGCGCCAUUUUAGAGGAUGAAAUCAUCUUUGUCAUAUGCCAAGUGAUUAAAAGUAGUAAAAGUAAUUAUUUUUGGCAACAUUUUUAAAUGAAACCCUUCUCUUGUUUUUUUUUUUGUAUUUUACAGGUGCAAUGGCCGAUUUGACUAGAAGUGUACUUCUGUUACAACCAAGUGAAUUUCACAAAUCAUUCAACAGAAAAGUGUCCUUUCACAGCAUCUAUACAUUCCCUUUUUUCUCCAUCUGUAUCUCUGUUCUCUUUUGGGAUCCUAUCAAUCAACUUUCAUCGUCUUUAAGAAAUAGUUCAAAAUUUUUAGAAUACGUUUAUUUGCUUUCUUGCCAAGAGUUGAAAGUGGAGCUAGCAGCUGGUUAGCUUAGCAUAAAACCUUGAAACGGGGAGGAAACAGCUAGCCUAGUUCUGUCCAAAGAUAACAAAACCCAACAACCAGUACCUCUAUAGCUCACUAAUUAACACAUAUCUUGUUUAAUUCAUACAAAGAAUAAAAAAAUUGCCAUUUUAUGUGCUGUGACUAUUUCUCAUAACAGUAACUUUCUGGAGUCUCUGCUGGUGACUUGGCAAGUGGUCCCAGGCAAGAAAUAGUCCAGCACAUAAUCCUGCGAUAAUUUCUCGGUUUUAAAGAUUAAACAAAUGAAACACAAUGUGUUAAUUGGUGAACUUUAAAAAGGUGCUCGUAGGGGGAUUACACUGCAUUUGGCUAGAGCCACGCUAGCAGUUUCCCCCUAUUUCCAGUCUUUAUGCUAAGAUAAGCUGACCAGCUGCUGGCUACAUUUACCAUAGGCACAUGAGUGGUAUCAAUCUUCUCAUUUAACUCUCAGCAAUAAAGUGAAGAGCAUUUCCCAAAAUGUCAAACUAAUCCUUCUAGUUCACGCUCUUCAUCAUUUGUCCAUGGAUGACUCCUCACAAGUUUUGUUUUUCCUUCUUGAAUAUCUUUUGAUUUUAUAUUCGUCAAAACACAUUCAGCAUACGAAAAUUAAGAGCCGUCAUCUCUCAGUUCUUGACAGCAUUUGUCUUUUCGUCAACAUUCAAUCCAAUUUUACAUCACAUCAUGUGCUCGCUCACUGUUUUCAUUAUCUUUUGUUAUGCUUUUAGGAAAAAUAAGUAGAAAAGUGCAGCAUUAAAAAAACAUCCCAACAUUUUCUCAAUAUGACCUCAGAACCAGAACAUACAACAAACAAUAUAAAACACACACAUUGCUCCUUAAUCUCUGGUUAAGGCUAAAAACACCAGAAAAAAAACCCCAAUAUUGUAUGAUAAUUAAUUUGUUGUGAUUGGUUUGCGAAAAGUAUUUAUAAAUACAACUUGAUUUUUCCUUUUUCCUUUUAUACCAGAGAAAGUUAAAGAAACACUUAGUUUAAAAGCUAGAAACACUCAGCCCUUGCCUUU